AUGAGAGCGCACGAUUGGUUCCAGGGCUUGCCAUCCUGGGCACAGCAGGACAAGUCGUGGUACGACCUCAUGGGAAUAUCGAGUAGGCCAGGUUCAUUGGCCUCAGUGGCACCAUCGACAUCCGUGGGAGCUUCUACAAAACGACGCUCUCGAGCAGAUGCUAUGCGAUGUCUCGAGGGAAGAAGCCAGUCCAAGAUUUCUGAUUCGUCGGAGAAGCAACAAUCUCAAGGUCAUACUAGCACGGAUGGCAACAGUGGUGAUAGCGAAAAUGGAGAUGCAUGGAGUGAUCCUUGGGCGGACAUCACCUCCUCUGGCAUUCCGGGCAGCCUACUUGCUGCGAGCUCGAUAUACUCUGGAAAAUUGGAUCCGCCCCUGUUGAUGCCAGGAGUCCCAGGAUGCGCGAAUGUGGAGCUUCCUUUGGCACGUCAAGUCACACCGCCUCACAACAAAGCAUGCCAUGAUGUGGACCACAUUGGAUCGUCGCCAUCACAUCCGAUCCUUAGCGACAAGGGCAUCGGGGCCACAGUCAAGGCUGCCCUGCGACUCAGCAGCCAGGGCAGUGUCAGUUCCAGUGUGUUCUCAGAGCCCAAGGUACCGCCCGCAGUUCACAUCUCGAAGUGCCGACGAACUCCACUCUCGGUAGGCCGACCUCAUCAUGACUUCUGGCCACCGCAAGGCCAUGUAGCACGAUUUCCCGAUUCUCCGUACCUGACGCCCACUGCACCCUAUAUUCCUCUCAAGAAUGCGCGAAUCUCGCCAGCUCGUAACCAAGAACAUUUAGGCUGGGUCGAUGCCAAGCAUCAGCCUGACUGGACACGGAAAGUGUCUACACCAAGAAAGAUCUACCAUCAAAUCGAGCAUCGACCAACUCUAGACAAAUCGACAGUGCUGUAUGAUGUGGAGAUGGAUCAGCAGACUGUCGGAACUACAUGUACACCGCAACACGAUUUCGACGUUGAAUACUGUGCGCAUGGCGGCGAGAGAGGAGCUCUGCUACAAGCCAUAGCCGACAUGUUGAACGUGUUCAAUUGCUUCACUCGGUAUAAGACAUGA